GGAAAAAACGGCAGGUUUUGGAAUUCCCUGUAUUUACCUAGCACUACACAUUUCCGUGCUUUACUGAGAUUAUACAUCAUUCCCAUCAGUCCCUGCUGAUCUUAAAAUCUAAGGUCCCUAUCACACACACACAGUAGGGAUUAGAUUUAUCAGGAAUCAAUAAGCCUGUCUGUAUGUUCCUGGAGUGCAAGAGGAGACGAGUUCCUGAAGCAAAUCCACACAGAUAGUGCCCAGGUUAGAAUUUAACUCUGGACCCCAGCACUGCAAGGCUGUUGUGUUACCCACUGGGCCACCUCGCUGAGCAUGAGGUACAGAGGAAGGAAAAAAGCCAGGUUUUAAAGGCAGAUGUAACAGAGCAGGUGUAACUGCUGUAUCAUGGUGGGGAUGCAUUGUUUGGCAAGCAGAAAAUAUACGCCAUACGCCACGUCUGACAUCAGCCUAAAAGCAGAAGAGAGAGAAAGAAAGAUUAAGUGGGUUGAGAAUUUGGAAUGACUGUACUGGAAGUUACUAGAGGAGAAAGGUGUUGUGUAUAUAUAAGAGCUGGAAUAUUAUUUACAGCAUUGUAGUAGGCAACUAGAGUAGGUAACUACAGCUACCAAUGAAUUCCUUAAUAUUGAUCAUUGGCCGAUUUGCUACAAUUAGUAUUUAAUAGAUUCCAAGCUAAUUGCAAACAGAACUUAGAAUGUUUUCGAAAAAAAAAAAGGGCAGAUUUCAACCAGUUUGGCUGAACGUUGACAAACUGGUUGAUUCUGGGUGAUGCCAGAGUGACCUCAGCAUAUAAGAGAACAGAGUAUCAUUCUGGUUACAAAACUUGUGUUUAUUCUUUUGUAUCCUUGGACAAGGCAUUUAAUCUUAUGGUGCCUUUAACAUCAGCCAGACUGGAAGAGCUAUUUACAUACAGUAAGAUGAAGGGCAACAUAGAAAGUUUUUUGCAAUAUAAAAUUCCUUUUGCAUUAAGCUCCAUGCGUUUUAAACUCAAUUUACAGAUCAUGUGAUGAGUUAGCAGCCCUUUUAAAGUUAGAGUUUAUUGGUUAUAGUUAAACUAGUUGCUCAGAUGCAACAAACCAGACCCCUACAAAACCCUGCUAUAUCCCACCAAACUCUACUAAACAGUUUUGCACAACAAAUAAUCCACAACGACAACUAAAGCUGGCUAUACAUGUACCGAUAAAAUCACAGGAAACUAUUUUUGUAUCGUGUUUGGGCUCAAUUAUUAUUAUAAUUUUCGUACCAUGGCAUUUAGUUGAUCGGCCAGGUUAAAAAAGAUAUAAUCUGCGCAUGUAUUGUGUAUCUGACAAAGUCACAUUCAUACAACUGAUGGCUGUCAACGAUUUCAUGUUCCGUAAAUCCUCCUAGCUUUAUCGUGUAAUUUCAAGCUGAAUGUUAGUUUUAGAUUGUUGCAUUUAAUAGUAUAACUGAUAUCUGAACGUUCAUUGGAAGAAGACUAAAAUCUGAACAUGUAUGGCCACCUUAAGAAUCUUCUGCUUUUUUUAACUUCAUUUAGUCAGCAGCCAGUUAGUGAGUGGCAGAUAAACAUCGAUUAACAAUUAGGAGGACCAUGUAAAAUUGGAAGGUGUUUAUUUAAGGUUUAAUAUGUGAUGCAUUGUACACUACUGAGCAUUAGCAUUUGCUGAGAGGCUUAAAAAAGCCAAUGUAGAGUGACAUUCUUCUACCAAAUGUGCACUGAGAAAGAACAAAACCUGCCAUGCCAGAAAUGGAGACCACUGCAGACCACGAAAAUACGCUCCGCAUAGCAAAUAAGAGUGUUUCGCUUAGAAGAACCUUAGGGUUUUUUGAUGGAACCUGUUUUCUUGUGGGAAUUAUUGUGGGUGCUGGAAUUUUUGUCUCUCCCACAGGCGUGCUACAAUAUGCUCAGCUUAAUGUUGGUGUGGCCUUAUGCAUUUGGGCUGCUUGUGGAAUCUUAGUGAUGAUGGGCGCCCUCUGUUACGCUGAACUUGGUUCUGCAUUACCUUAUGCUGGAGGUGAAUAUUAUCAUGUAAAACAAGCACUUGGACCUUUCCCUGCCUUCAUUUUCAUCUGGACAUUAAUACUGUUCAUAAGACCUGCCUCCAAUGCAGCACGAGCGCUGAUGUUUGCUGAAUAUGCCACUCGGCCAUUUUUUUCUGGAUGCCCCACACCAGAGCUGCUUAAGAAAAUAGUGGCACUUGCAGUUCUUUGGGUUUUGGGAAUAAUAAAUACCAAGAGUGCAAAGACGACCACUUGGGUACAGAAUGUUUUUACUGUGCUGAAAAUGUUGGCCUUGAUCCUCAUUGUUACUUGUGGCCUCAAAGAACUUGCAGAAAAAACAGAGAUUCCAGGACACUUACAGAAUGCAUUUAGUUCCCCGGAUCUGAAUGCAGCUCAAAUAGCAGAGUCUUUCUUCCAGGGUCUAUAUGCGUAUGGAGGUUGGAACUACUUAAAUUACAUUGCUGAGGAGAUAAAAAACCCAACCAAGAACAUUCCACUUUGCACAAUAACAGCCGUAUCUGUCGUAAUCGUGUUUUAUUUGCUGGUAAACAUCUCAUACCUCACCGUACUGACACCCAAGGAAAUUGUUUCUUCAGCUGCUGUAUCGGUUACCUGGGCUGAUAGAGUGAUUCCGAUGGUAGCCUGGAUAAUACCUGUCUCAGUUGCUAUCUCAAUUUUUGGUGCUCUAAAUGGUGGCAUGUUUAUGCUCGGGCGACUAAACUAUGCCGGGAGCAAGGAAGGUCACUUACCCUCACUUUUAUCCAUGCUUCACGUAAAUCACUUGACUCCAGCUCCAGCUAUGAUCCUCUCAACCAUUAUUGCAUCAAUAUUUGUCAUUCCCUCAGAUCUUCUCUCAUUAACUAAUUAUUUUGGCUUUUCUACUUGGCUUUUGGUUGGACUAACUGUUAUAAGUCUGAUUGUUCUACGCUACAGAGAACCAAACCUUCCUCGGCCAUACAAGGUCUUCCUUCCAAUUGCCUUUGGAGUUGUGCUAGUUGCCGCAUUUUUAGUUCUAGCGCCAAUAAUACAAUCACCGAAAGUGCAAUAUUUCUAUGCCUUACUGUUUAUGCUGAGCAGCAUGAUUAUUUAUUUCCCCUUUGUUUAUUUUAAACUGCGGGUCCCAUACUUUAAUGCAAUCACUUGCUACUUACAGCUGUUGAUGGAGGUGGCACCCACAGAUAUAUUUGAAGAUCCCAAAAGCAAAUGAAUAGUAUUUGUAUAUUAAACUGUACUGUUCAUAUUAUAUUAUACUGGUAUAUCAGUAUGUCUUUUUAUAUGUAACAUUCUGUUUCUUGGCUAAAAAUAUAAAACUAGUUGAACAAAUCUUUUAGUUAAGUUCCUAUUGCAAAAAUAUUGUGCAUUUAUAUAAACUGGCCCUUUGUUCUGAAAAUCUAAACUAAUCUAAACAUUUCUAAAACUGAUAAAGCAAAUGUACAACUAAGAUUGGCUUGAUUUAUAUAAAUUUGUGCUAAUAUAUAAUCAGUAGUGGGCCAUUUAUGUUUCAUAAAGCACCCUGAAGGGCAGGAUUAUAAAAAUGAUUUCUUCAUACAGAGAGGUCAGAGUCUCUAAGCAGAUUGGGGGUCAAAAAAAUCAAUUGGAGGGCUACAUCUGGCCCACAGAACUCUGUUUGGACAGCCCUGAUCUAAAUGAAUGUAAUGAUGGAAAUAUAGAAUUCUUUUUGACUGGGCAGUAGAUUAUUUAAGCAUAUACUGUUCACUUGGUAAAUAUCCUUGAUGGGACAAUUCAAAAUUAUACACCAAACCUACUUAACACCUAAGAAAUUACACCAGAUGGGUCGCUUGGAACACUCCAGAUGCCUUCGCUGCAAUAAACCUGACGCUGAUUUUAUUCACUUACUUUGGAACUGCCCAGACAUCCAGAGAUUCUGGCAAAAAGUCAUGUGCUUCGUAGCAGACGAACUCUCCUUAACUGAAGUUCUAAACCCAAUCACAUGCCUUUUGGGCCUGGUGGACUCCCUAUUACCUAAGGCAGCCUCCAGAUCACUUAUGAGGGCUUUUUUGUUUUAUGCAAAAAAAACUGUGGUUCUACAUUGGAUGGGUCCCCUACCUCCUACUUUAAAUAAAUGGAUAAAGCUGAUAAACUCUCAACUGGAACUCUACAGGUUAACUUACUUAGCCAGAGGAUGCCCACAAAAGUUUGGAACCCAUGGCUGGAGUCUCCAGCAACUGCUGUCUAAAAUACCACAAUACAUUCUCCAUCUCCUUUCUUCCUUCCCUCCUUCUAUUCAUACCCCUUGUUUAAAAAAAAAAAAAAAAAUAUCAAUAAAAGUUGACUAUUAAAAAAAAUAUAUAUAUAUAUAUAUCUUUGACCUUGAUGGACAAUUUGUAGGAAUGGUAAGGCCAGAUGAACAGUGAAAAAUGUGUAUCACAAGAAUGGAAUGCUGGGAUUGUACUAUUUGUUUACCCCAAAGAAUGAAUAAAAAUGACAUUACAUUUAAUGUAAUGCGGGUUAAUAAUGGGUUAAAGAUUCAGAAAAGCUCCUUCCUACACUGACAACUUAUUGCAGUACAGAAAACAGCUUGUAAAAUCAGAUUGCAUUUGUAUUUUUAUUUAUUAUUAACAAAGAUGACUGGCCUUUCAAUAUGCAUAGAGAUACUGCACAGCUCUAUGUUGGACCCGAUGGUAUAAAAUAUUGUGCAUUCUUUCUGUUCAUAUAUACUGUAUCAUCGCUUAGGGAAUGCCACUUGUGGUGCUAAACUCUCAUCUUGCCUGCCGCCAGUUUUUUUUUAGUUGCUUUUAAAAUUGCAGCUAGAAAGUCUACUGUUUCGUCAAAACCCUAAAUAAAGUAAAUAAAGGGUACAAUGAUA